AUGCGGCGUGCGUGGAGAAGACGUGGGCCGCGGCGUGCGGGAGGGAAACCCGGCGACUCGCGGGGCAGCUGCUCGCUCGCGCAUGCGCACCACGAUCGCCUCGCCCGGCUCGGCCACGCCGACGUCCGAGAUGGCUCGGUGGAGGUUGUCGGUCUGGCUAAGGGCAAAGUGUGGCCCAGUGUCAGUGUCGAGGAGAUCCUGGAUCACCCGAGCUUGCGCGGCACGCCGCUAGCGAUGCUGGCGGCGCAGUGCAACAAGCUGUCCAGCAAGUCGCCGCCCCCGCUGGCCGACGCCGCCGUCGGCAAAGGCUUCCACCCCUGGAAGAAGUCGCCGCAGCAGGGCGGCGCCGCCACCACCGGCGCCAGCGGCGCUCCCGGCGGCGGCAGCGGCAACAACAACAACAAUAACAACAACAACAAUGGCGCGACCGCGGGCGUGGGCGGCGUGGCGCGCUCCAUGGCGGUCAGCUCGAGCGCCAGCUACACGGGUCGACCCGUCAUGACGACGGCUGGCUGCGCCGUCGGCGUCGGCGUCUCGUCGGCUGGCGGAUACGGCGCGCCCGUCUCCACUGGCGGAGACCUCUACUUCCCCGGGCAGCCCAUGACCACGUCGCCAGAAGCUGGCGGCGGAGCCGGGGGCGGAGGCACGCCUGGCGGCGGCGGCGGGGGCGGAGGCGCCGCCGUCGCUGCGCAUCAGGCAGCUCUUCUGGGGAAGGUGGACGUGUACCCGCGGCACCCCUACGAGUCGUGGCCGUUCAACGCGAUGCCGGGCGCGGCGGCGGCGCACCCGGGGGCGCUGAAGGCGGCGGGCGACGCGUGGUGGGACGUGCACUCCGCGGCGGCAGCGGGCGGCUGCGGCUGGCUCGACAUGAGCGGCGCCACGGCGCACGCGCAGAUGGCCGCCGCCAACUACGCCGCCGCCGCCGCCACGUCGGCCGCCGCCGCCUCCGUCGCCGACUACUCCACGCUCAGCCACACGCUCGCCGCCAGCAACCACCUGCUCUCCGCCGCCGGCGGACACAACCUGCUGCAGGACACGUACAAGUCGAUGCUGCCGGGCGCGGCGCAGGGCGCCUUCGGGCUGCACGCGCACCACGCGCACGCGCACGCGCACGCGCCGUCGCCGUCGCCGGUGUCUGCCGCGGCGUCGCUGCCGCCGCAGGUGCCGUCGCCGCGCUCGCAGCGCCGCUACACGGGCCGCGCCACCUGCGACUGCCCCAACUGCCAGGAGGCGGAGCGCCUCGGGCCCGCAGGCGUGCACCUGCGCAAGAAGAACAUCCACAGCUGCCACAUCCCCGGCUGCGGGAAGGUGUACGGCAAGACCUCGCACCUGAAGGCGCACUUGCGCUGGCACACGGGGGAGCGGCCGUUCGUGUGCAACUGGCUCUUCUGCGGCAAGCGCUUCACGCGCUCCGACGAGCUGCAGCGCCACCUGCGCACGCACACGGGCGAGAAGCGCUUCGCGUGCCCCGUGUGCAACAAGCGCUUCAUGCGCUCCGACCACCUGGCCAAGCACGUGAAGACGCACAACGGCGGCGGCUCCGGCUCCGGCUCCAAGAAGGGCAGCUCCGAGUCGUGCUCUGACUCGGAGGACGGCGCGUCGCAGCCGGCGGCGUCGCCCGCGUCCGUGGCGCACACGCCGCCGCUCGACGACGUCAAGCCGCCGGGGCUGGUCUGAG